AUAACGAGAAACUACAACUCCCUACACCUCCCUCGGUAUCAUCCAUGCGCCGCAGUCAAUCAGCUGUUGGGGCAACUGCUGACUAUCUCGCAACAAGGGCAGCUCGUUUGUCACAUCUAAAGCCAGACUAGGCUAAGAGAAAUAUCUUUAUUUACAGAAUCCCAAAAGGUGAACGAUACAGUUGCAUCUCCGCAAACCAUGCAGGAUGAUUUACUGAUGGACAAAAACAAAGCCCAGCCUCACCAUCAGCAAGAUCCGACGCAAGUGGACCCUCCUCCCUCCACCCCGACCCCGUCAUUGGAGCCCAGUUCUUCUUCAUCCGAGUCGGAGAGCCCAUCGACCGGGAGCAACCAAGCUUCAGCGCUCAACAUCAGCAGCAAGGACAAAGUGCCGAUGGAGUCACCGAUCCUGCCCGGUUUGAGCUUCCACCACCAGCCGCAGGAGAUCGGCGGCCCUCUUCCCUCUCCUUCCUCCUCGUUUGGAAGCACUUGGUCCACGGGAACAACAAACGCUGUGGACGAUAGCUUUUUCCAAGGAAUACCCUCGGUGAAUGGGACGAUGCUUUUCCAGAACUUCCCCCACCAUGUCAACCCGGUUUUCGGGGGUAAUUUCUCCCCGCAGAUCGGUCUGGCUCCCCAGUCUCAGCAACAUCAACAGCAAGCUCAGCAGCAGCAGCAGCAACCCCAGCAGAGAAGAUCCCCUGUCAGCCCUAACCAAGGCCCCUUUCCCCAGAGAAACGCUUAUCAGACCGUCAUGAAUAACAGCAAGGGGUCGUCGUCGUCUUCGUCUGCCUCGUCGUCAGCUUGGAAUAACCACCAAAACGCCGCAUGGAGCACAGCUUCCAACCCCUGGGGCGGGCUGCAGGCAGGCAGAGACCCGCGCAGAGCAGUGGGCGUCGGGGUAGGGGUCGGAGUCGGCGUCGGGGUGCCGUCACCUCUAAACCCCAUCUCCCCCAUGAAAAAGCCUUAUAGUAGCAAUGUUAUAGCACCCCCAAAGUUCCCAAGACUUGGUCCCCUCACCCCCAAGCCCUGGAUGGAGGACAGCGCCUUCAGGACUGACAACAGCAACAACAUACUGCCUUUCCAGGACCGGAAUCGGCCCUUUGAUGCUUUUAGCUUGCACGCUUUGGAGAAUUCAUUAAUGGAUAUGAUAAGGACUGACCAUGACAAAGGUAAACCACACCCUGCCGGUGGCCCACCAAUGACUAUCGCUGAUAUUAUAUGGAGGAAUCAUUUUGCAGGACGUAUGGGCCUGAACUUUCAUCACCCUGGAGCAGACCACAUAAUGCCACUGAAUACCCGGAGCUAUGGCCGCAGACGAGGCCGUUCCUGUCUUUUUCCCUUUGAAGAUGGUUUCCUCGACGACGGCCAUGGUGACCCCUCCUUGACCCCAGGCCUGAACUCACCAACCCGCUGUCAGAAUGGAGAGAGGAUGGAGCGCUACUCCAGGAAGGUCUUUGUUGGAGGCCUCCCUCCUGACAUAGAUGAAGAUGAAAUUACCAACAGUUUCCGUCGCUAUGGGCAUCUGGUGGUAGACUGGCCCCACAAAGCUGAGAGCAAAUCUUACUUCCCACCUAAAGGCUAUGCCUUCCUACUCUUCCAGGAAGAGAGCUCAGUUCAGGCCUUGAUCGAUGCCUGCAUUGAAGAGGACGGCAAGCUCUACCUGUGUGUGUCCAGUCCCACCAUCAAAGACAAACCGGUCCAGAUCCGUCCCUGGAACCUGAGCGAUAGUGACUUUGUCAUGGAUGGCUCUCAGCCUCUGGACCCCCGCAAGACCAUCUUUGUAGGAGGGGUGCCACGGCCCCUACGUGCAGUGGAGCUGGCUAUGAUCAUGGACCGGCUGUAUGGAGGUGUUUGCUACGCUGGCAUCGACACCGACCCGGAGCUCAAAUAUCCAAAGGGAGCUGGUCGUGUGGCUUUCUCCAAUCAGCAGAGCUAUAUUGCUGCCAUCAGCGCUCGCUUCGUUCAGCUGCAGCACAACGACAUCGACAAAAGGGUAGAGGUGAAGCCAUAUGUCCUUGAUGACCAGAUGUGUGAUGAGUGCCAGGGGGCACGCUGUGGGGGGAAGUUCGCCCCCUUCUUCUGUGCCAACGUCACAUGCCUACAGUACUACUGUGAGUACUGCUGGGCCAGUAUUCACUCACGAGCCGGCCGAGAGUUUCACAAGCCCCUGGUGAAGGAGGGGGGUGACCGCCCUCGACAUGUCUCCUUCCGAUGGAGCUGAGGUGGGGGGGCGGUCACAAGUCAGCCCUGUCCCGGUGAACCCACACUUGGUCCCUGCUACCCUUUAUACCAGGAAGGAGUUGCACCGUUCCCCCC